UCGAUCCGCCCACCGAGCUCUUCCGGUCUCUCGUAUGUUUGUAUAUAUAUCGGGCGUAACGGGUACAGAACUAAUUACUGAAGCGUGGGAUCGAUAUUAAUCGAUGGAGCAGUACGAACCUCUUUGCGAUACAUGCACGUUAGCCCGGGGGGAAGGGAACACCCAAUUCGUCUUCUCGACUUUUCUCGAGCUCCAAUAUUCUCCCUCAGUCUCGUACCGUUUCCCGAACACGCUCGAACGUACGCUCCGCCUCAAUAUUCGCUUUUUCGUCUGCCGGUGCAUCCUCGCCAUGUCGAAUAACUCGAAAACAUUUCGUCGACGUUUCCCGCCGAAAAUGAUGCGCGCGAAGAGAAACCAACGAAUCCCUGAUGCAUCGGGUCGUUAAAACUAACUCGAGGUUCCAUUAUUUCGUCUUCAAUUUGUCAAUAAUCCCAUCGAAUUAGAAAAAGAGAUAAUAUUGCGAUCGAACUCAAUGAAAAUGGAUGAAACGUUUUUACCAAAGUCAGGAAUUCGGUAAAGUUCCAAUGCAAAUUACAGUGUGAAGUUGUCAACUGUUUGUCGUAGUAUGGUCAAAAUUCAUUGCUAGCGAUCAAUUCGCAAAUUUUAUAAUCAACUUAUGAUAUUGGUCGAGGGAAAAGCCGCGACUGAUGAUGGCUUCCCUACAACGAUUCGCCCAUUUUUUUUCGACAAGGAAAGAACGAGACAGAACGAUGAGACACCUCAUAUUCCUCGGCUGAUUUUCACUCUAUUUCGCGGUUGCUCUCAAUGUAUUUUCGGAAUUAUUAAGCUCAAAAUGGACAAGUACGAGACUGUCGAAGUUGUGGGUGAGGGCAGUUAUGGGAUAGUUAUGAAAUGUCGUCAUCGCGAGAGCGGACAAACGGUGGCGAUAAAAAAAUUUUUAGAGACCGAAGAGGAUGUUCACGUUAGAAAAAUGGCACUUCGAGAAAUUAGGAUGUUGAAGAAACUUCGUCACGACAAUCUCGUUAAUUUGAUUGAAGUCUUUCGACGACGAAAACGUUUUUAUUUGGUUUUCGAAUACCUCGAUCACACGGUGCUCGAUGAACUUGAAGAAAAGGCCGGUGGUCUCGGCCUUCAAAUAUCACGCAGACACAUUUUUCAAGUACUUCGUGGACUGAGCUUCUGUCACGCUAAUCACAUCAUGCAUCGUGAUGUGAAACCAGAAAACGUGCUCGUCUCCCCCAACGGCGUGAUAAAACUGUGCGAUUUUGGUUUCGCUCGUUUCGUCACUGGUCCAAACGAAUCUUGCACCGAUUACGUUGCCACGAGAUGGUACAGAGCUCCCGAAUUAUUGGUCGGGGAUCGUCGUUACGGUAGACCAGUUGAUGUUUGGGCAGUCGGAUGUCUCUAUGCCGAGAUGGUCACCGGCGAACCAUUGUUUCCGGGAGACAGCGAUCUGGAUCAACUUUAUCAAAUAACCAGGUUACUCGGAAGUCUUUGUAGCAGGCAUCAAACGAUGAUAUCACGGGGCGACAACAAACGAAUAUCGAGACGUUCCAGUACAGAUGAAUUUUCCAGCCCGAGCCCCGCGACACUUUCACGUUCUUUACGAUCUCUGUUUCCCACGUGGACAUUCGCAUCCAUCGAUUUUCUGGCUCAGUGUUUACGAAUGGACCCCGAGACGCGCCCAAGCUGCGUCAAUCUCCUCCAGCAUUCUUUGUUUUGUCAGGACUCCUUUGCCGAACGUUUCCUGCAAGAAUUGCAACACAAUAUAGCUAAAGAAGCCUGUCACAAUCAGCUCUUCUUAAAAAGAACUGAAAGCAGACGAUUUCAAAAUUUUGCCAACGCGCUCGAUGAAUCUAAAAAGUUUUAUGGAAGUGCUGGAAGAUGGCGAAUGCACCUAAUAAAUGAGUCCACCAAUGCGAAGAGCAAUCGAAUGACAAAAAAUAGUACAAACGGAAGUGCGGAGAGUAUUCAAGAAGCUUCGCAUCUUGGUCGAAUAUCAAGCUCAAUGAUGUCAACGAUUUCGAUAAAUCGUGAACCUUUCAGCAUCGGUUCGAUAUCGGUUAUACCCAACACAACUUAUAUAAGGCCCCUCGAUAAAAACAGAGGAUUAGGGAUAUCUGCGUCUAUCAAUAAUAAGACUGAUUGUUCUCUACCAGCUCUCACACUCAGAGACAAAGGUAUGAAGAGGGCGCUGAAAGAACGGGGCAUGCCGAGUUGAUGAAUGUUCGUUGCUUCUAUUUGUUGUUUGCACAAGGUGUUUGCGAUCGUGGAAACUGGGUUGAACUGAAUGUUGUUGUGAGAGAAAAACUAGCGUUACGAUUUAUAUUGUAUCACGGAAGAAUUGAAAGAAAAUGAAUAAACGUUUUAUGAUUGGAAAAAAA